AUGGCGACCGCUGCCAUUCAGAACGUCUCCGACGAGACCCUCCCCAAAGACCCCAUCUCGGUCGAGCCCAUCCAGUCUACACCUGCGCCAAUCGUCGUCGACAAAAAGGCCGCCACCAAUGGCGAUGAUGAAGCUCUGGAGGAUGGCAAGGACUCCGAGGAGGCCACUAUGACCGCCGCUCAAAGAAAAAAGGCCAAGAAGAACGCCAAGAAGAAGGAGAAGAAGAAGAACCAAAGCGUCUCCGGCAUUCCCAACGAAGAGAAGCCCGAGCAACCCACCGAGUCGGACGCUACUCCUGCCGAGUCCCCCGUGGCCACAGAAACACCCGCCUCAGAUAUCGUUGAGGAGUCCCAGCUUGAGCAGACCACCGCUACUUACGAACCGGUGAAGGAGGAAUCCACGCCGGCCGAAGCUCCCCAGGAGACUCUCGAAGCCCCCUCAGAAGAGAUCCCCGCCAAGACAGAGUCUGCAGAGCCAUCUGUGCAAGAGCCCGAGUCUGCCGAACCCACCACAGAAGAAUCAAAGCCGGUUGAGCCGGUUUCGGAGCCUGUUCAGGAGGAAGCCGCCGCCGCGCCUGCUGCCGAGGCUGCUGUCACCCCAGACGUCGUCCAAGAGACCGCCGCCAUCGAAGAGCCUGUUCAGGAGGAGAUUCCUGAAAAGGUCACUGAGAAAGUCGAGCCUGAGGUUGUGGAGGCCCCCAAGGAUGUCGUCGAGGAGAAGACCGAGUCUGAGGUGAAGGAUACCCCCGCCGAAGCUACCUCUGCGCCUGUGGAGGAAUCAACCCCCGCUCCUGUCGAUGAGAAGGUUGAGGAGGUCAAGACUGAAGAGCCUACUCAGGUUGAGGCUGAGAAGAAGACUCCUGCUCAAGAGGUUGUUGAGAAGGCCGCUGAGCCUGUCGCUACCGAGGAGCCUACCGUCGAACAAUCGGCCGAAGAGUCCAAGGUUGAAGAGCCUGCUCAGGUUGAGACUGAGAAGGAGACUCCCGCUGAGACUACCGACAAGCUUCCUGAAACUACUGCCGCUGCUACCGCCACCGAAGAAGCUCCCAUUGAACGGUCUACUGAGGAAUCCAAGGUCGAGGAGUCUAAGAUCGAGGAGCCUGCCGAGUUUGAGGCUGAGAAGGCAACCCCCGCCGAGGCCGCUAAUGAGGUAACUACUGAGGAGCCCGCCGAGACUACAACCGAAGCUGCGACUGAAACUACCGCUGAGCCCAUUGCUGAUGCCAAAGCUCCCGUUGAAGAAGCUAAGGUUGAGGAGCCCGUCAAGGAGGCAUCAGUUGAGGAGCCCGUUGUCGAGGAGCCCAAGGUUGAAGAGACUCCGGUUGAAGAGACUAAGACUCAAGAUGCCCCUGCUGCCAUCGAAGAGCCCAUUGUCAACAAGGCCGUCGAGGAGCCAGCCACCGAGGCCCCAGUGGAGGAAACACCAGUCGAGGAAGCCAAGGAGGUUGCUCCUGAGGCUCCUGUUGAACCUGUCAAUGAGACUCUUGCUGAGACCAAGCAAGAGGCCGUUGAGGAGCAGAAGAUUCCUGAGCCUGUUUCCGCUGCCGAGCCUGUUGUUGAAGCUCCCGCUGUAGAGGCCUCCACUACCGAAGAGCAGAUUGCCGAGCCUAUCAAGGAAAAGCCCACAGUUGAGUCUAAGACUGAAGACGCUCCAGCUCCAGCUGAAGAGCCGGUUGCUGAGGUUCCAGUUGAGGAAACCCCUGCUGAAGCAACCAAGGAGGUUACCGCUGAGGCCCCCGUCGAGGCUAAGGAAGAGACUGUCGAGGAGCCUGCGAAGGACGCCACAGUCGAAGAUUCCGUAUUUGAGGAGGAGGAAGCCCCCAUCUCUGUUGAGGCUGUCACUGCUGAGGCCCCGGCUGCUGAGGCCCCGGCUGCUGAGGAGCAAAAGGUUGUCGAGCCCGUCGUCGAAGCCCCAGUUGCUGAGGAGGCCCCUGUUUCUGAAGAGCAGGUUGCCGAGCCGGCCAAGGAGGAGCCCGUUGUCGAAGCUCCUAUCGCCGAAGUUGCACCCGCUGUGGAAACUCCCGUUGUUGAGGAGGCUCCUGUUGUCGAGGCUCCUGUUGUCGAGGCUCCUGUUGUCGAGGCUCCUGUUGUCGAGGCUCCUGUUGUCGAGGCUCAUGUUGUCGAGGCUCCUGUUGUCGAAGCUCCUCCUGCUGUGGAAUCUCCCGUUGCCGAGGAGGCUCCUAUCGCUGAAGCUCCUGUUGUUGAAGAGGUCGCCGUGGUAGAGGAGCCAGUUGCCGAGGCAGCUCCUGUUACUGAAGCUGCACCCGCCGUGGAGGAGAUCCAAGUUGCCGAAGAGCCAGUUGCUGAGACUAUCCCUGCUGUUGAAGAGACCGCUCCCGCAGAGGAGCAGGUUGCCGAAGCUAUCAAGGAAGAGCCCAUUGUUGCGGCUCCGGCUGCCGAGGAGACUCCUGCUGUCGAAGAGUCUCCCAAGGUGCAGGUUCCUGAGGCCGCAGCUGUCGAUGAGCCAGUCCAGGAGGAGCAGCCUGUCGUUGCCGAAACAACUGCUGUCGAGGAGUCAGCUCCGGUGGAAGAACCCGUUAUCGAGGCUUCCAAGGAGGUUGUCGAGGAAUCUCCCGCAGCUGAGGUUUCUGCACCUGCCGAGGAAUUGAUUGAGGAGCCCACCAAGGCUGUCGAGGAGACCCCUAUCGCCAACGAGGAGCCUCAAGUUGAGACCAAGGUCGAAGAAACCCCCGCUGUCGAAGAGACUCCUGCUGUCGAAGAGACUCCUGCUGUCGAAGAGACUCCUGCUGUGGAAGAGACCCCUGCUGUCGAAGAGACCCCUGCUGUCGAAGAGACUCCUGCUGUCGAAGAGUCUCCUGCUGUCGAAGAGACUCCUGCUGUGGAAGAGACUCCUGCUGUCGAAGAGACUCCUGCUGUCGAAGAGACUCCUGCUGUGGAAGAGACCCCUGCUGUGGAAGAGACUCCUGCUGUGGAAGAGACCCCUGCUGUCGAAGAGACUCCUGCUGUGGAAGAGACCCCUGCUGUCGAAGAGACUCCUGCUGUCGAAGAGUCUCCUGCUGUGGAAGAGACUCCUGCUGUCGAAGAGUCUCCUGCUGUCGAAGAGUCUCCUGCUGUCGAAGAGUCUCCUGCUGUCGAAGAGUCUCCUGCUGUCGAAGAGUCUCCUGCUGUCGAAGAGUCUCCUGCUGUCGAAGAGACCCCUGCUGUGGAAGAGACCCCUGCUGUGGAAGAGACCCCUGCCGAGGCCAACGUGGAGGAGACUCCUGCCACAAAGGAUGUUGUAGAGACCCCUGAGGAGACCAAGGACAGCACAGUGACACCUGAGGUUGUGGCAGCCGGAGCUGCUGCCGCCGCCGCCGGUGUUGCUGCUGUUGGUGUCGCCUCUGCUCUGCAUAACUCUGACGCUACUCCCGCCGAGGUUGAGCACCAGGACUCCACCGAUAAGAAUGAGCCUGUCGACAACAAGACCGAUACCAGUAAGCUGUCGCCAUUCAAUUUUGCGCAAAAUGCGUCCGUACCAUCCUUCGAUGCUGAUCCGGCUCUUGCAGCCCUUGCUGGCGAUCGUGAAGCCCUUCUCCACAAGCUUCAACAGCCAUCCACCGACCAGUUGACCGCCACUAUCGCCGAGCAACCGUCUUCCAACGACAAGAAGGCCACCGUUGAGACCGAGGCGGAGCCUACUGAGCCGAGCAAGCUGACCCCCGAGUCCGCAGCCAACAAUACGAAUGAGGAAGAGGCUCGUCCAGUGAGCCAGAACCGGUCAGUGACAGCUGUUUCUCUGAAUGGAGGAGGUGACAACUGGCUCAAGGCGUUCUUGCGCACGGUGUUUGUUGGCUUCUUCGGCACAAUCUUUUCUCCUUUCCGCCGUCGUGGAAAGGAACAGAAGUAA